AGCCAAAUUAAUUGGUUUCAGUUUGUGGGAUUCAAUCACACGGAAAAAAACGAUGAAGAUCACGGCAGUGCUGGUUCUGACUUUGGCCGCCCUUGUAGCAGCCUCGAAUGACAUCGAUUGGCGCAAGGUCCGGCCAGCCUGGCGAAUGCCACGCUACUGGAGACGUCUUCCGGCGGAGGUUAAGAAACAGAUGCUAGGCGAACUGAAAGAUUUACCGAAGCACCGCCCCGAAGGUCGAAUUGUCGGCGGGUAUGAGGCCACCGCCGGACAAUUCCCAUAUCAAGCGGUACUUAUUUCCCAGUUCGAACAAGGUGGUGCACUAUGCGGAGGAUCGAUUCUUUCGCCAAACUUCGUUUUGACUGCAGCACACUGCGUUGAUCAAGCCUCUGGAGGAACCGCCAUUUUGGGUGCUCAGGAUCGAACCAAUGCCGAUGAAGUCGGACAGGUUCGUAUUCCUUUCGUGGAAGCAGGAAUUUAUUAUCAUGAGAAUUGGAAUCCCGAACUGAUUCGCUACGAUAUCGCUACGGUUCGUUUGCAAAGUGCGGUCACCUACAGCGACCGCAUUCAACCUGUUACGCUUCCAACCUGGAGUGAUGUUGAAAAUGAUUUCGCAGGAGUGACCGGAACGGUUUCCGGAUUCGGACGCUUCUCGGAUGAUAUCGAUGCUGCCUCGGAUAUCCUGCGAUAUGUAACCAAUCCAAUUCAAACCAACACUGCUUGCAACCUUCGUUUCCUGGGAUUAAUUCAGCCCGAGAAUAUUUGUUUGUCUGGCGAAAAUGGACGUGGUGCUUGCAGCGGUGACUCCGGUGGUCCGUUGACAAUUUCUCGCGACGGAAAAACAGUCCAAGUAGGCGUCGUAUCGUUUGGUUUGGCUCUCGGCUGCGAGCGAAACUGGCCCUCGGCGUUUGCCCGUACAACCUCCUUCCUACAAUGGAUUCAAGCGCACUCCGAUGUAAUUAUCGAAGCCUAAAUGCUGUGCUAGAAAGUAGUGAAAUAAAAAUUAACACAUUUCGGCAUUUGCUUGAGAACUUUGAAAA